AUGCAUCUGCAAUCCUUGUGCGAGCAAUUCUGGCAAGCCACUUCCUACAAUCACUUAUUUCUCUCUAUUUUCUUUUUCCUUCUGUUUUUGCUCAAGAGCAAAAGAUGUACCAAACUCAACUUACCUCCAUCUCCACCCAAGUUACCAAUAAUUGGCAAUCUUCACCAACUAGGCAAGUUUCGCCACCACUCUCUUCGAGACCUCUCCCAUAAGUAUGGCCCUUUAAUGAUGUUGCAAUUGGGCCAAAUUUCAACUCUUGUCAUUUCAUCAGCUGACAUGGCCAAGGAAAUAAUAAAAACCCAUGAUAUUGUAUUCUCAAACAGGCCCAGAACCACAGCUCCAAAUAUUUUCUUUUAUGGAUGCAAAGAUGUUUUGUUUUCUCCUUAUGGCGAUUAUUGGAGACAAGUCAAAAGGAUCAGUGUUCUAGAGAUUUUCACCCACAAAAGAGUGAAAUCAUUUCAGCUUGUUAGGGAGGAAGAAAUUGAACAUAUGAUUAAUAGAGUACGGAAUGCAUGUCUGAACGAAGAUUCUGUUAAUCUAAGUGAGAUGAUUUUUGGUAUUACAAACAAUAUAGUGUCUAGAUGUGUUUUGGGUCCAAGAGCUGUUGAAGAAAAUCAUACCAACAAGUUUGGAGCUUUAUUUAAGAGGUUUAUGGUUCAACUAGAAGCAUCUGCUUUUGGAGAUAUAUUUCUCUGCUUGGCAUGGAUGGAUGUUCUUACAGGUUUGAUUGGUCGUCUCAAAGCAACUUUUACAGAAUUAGAUGCUUUCCUUGAUCAAGUGAUUGAAGAGCAUCGGACGUCAAAUAGUUACGAUACCCAGUAUGAUAGACAAGACUUUGUUGAUAUUCUCCUUCAACUUCAAAAGGAUGGUGAUCAUCUUGAGAUAGAGCUCCUCAAAGACAAUCUUAAAGCAAUUCUUGUGGACAUGUUUGUGGGAGGAACUGAUACUACUGCAACAACCAUUGAAUGGGCGAUGGCUGAACUUAUAAAAAAUCCAAAUAUUAUGAAGAAAGCACAACAAGAGGUUAGAAGUGUAGUGGGAAAGAAAUCGAGGAUAGACGUGAAAGAUAUCAAUCAGAUGGACUACUUGAAAUGUAUCAUCAAAGAAACUAUGAGAUUACACCCACCGGCUCCUUUCCUCGUUCCUCGAGAAACUUCAGCUAGUGCCAAAUUAGGAGGUUAUGAUAUUCCUCCCAGAACAAGAGUGUUAAUCAAUGUAUGGGCGAUUCAAAAAGACCCCGGAAUAUGGGACAAGCCAGAAGAGUUUAUACCGGAGAGGUUUGAGAACAACCCGAUUGAUCGGAAAGGGCUACACUUCCAGCUCAUCCCAUUUGGUGCAGGAAGAAGAGGUUGCCCUGGAAUAUCUUUUGCGCUUGCUACAGCUGAAUAUAUGAUUGCCAACCUCUUAUAUUGGUUUGACUGGAAGAUUGCUGCUGGGCAGACGUUGGACAUGAGUGAGGUUUAUGGUAUAGUGGCUCAUAAGAAGUUUCCUCUGCGCCUUCUACCAAUUUCAUGCUGUCCUUGAUCUUUUUAGAAGUUCGAGGUUGAGCCAGCAGCAUUCCUGUUCCUGACUUUUGUAUUGUAGUAUUUGUGUUUCAUGG